AUGUAUACCUUAAGUAAUGAAGUGUCCUCUGACAGAACUGUACUCAAAUCGCCAUCCAUUGAAAAGAAUUGCCAAGACAAAAAUAACUUAAAAAAGACAUCAACACCCAAUGAUACGAAUACAGAUACACUUAUUGGAGGUACGAAGGUUGUACAUACGAACGAUGGGCAAAGCAGCUUAAAGAAAAACAUUUCCAUCUUUGAAGAUGAUAAUGAAGAAUCACCCUUGUCUACCUUAGAUUCCGAGGAAAAUGCAUCGAACUCCUCUUAUUCCUCCAAAAACCAAAAGAAAUUAGAAUCACAAAGUGAACCUUCUAGAGACACAUCACACAAGAUCUUCACUUUCUCUUUACCUUUUGGUGGUAAAUCACUUCUUUCAAGUCAUCCAAUAACAAAUUUGGUGUCUUCUAUAUUACCCAAUGAUCCUGAUCCAAAGAGUAAUGAAUAUCCAAACUUAAACAGGGAACGAAUAAAGGAAAAACUAAAGCGUUCGGACUCAAUCACUUCUUUAGAAGAAAUGGCUCUAUUCAAUGAUGAAAAGGGUAUAGAUAAUGUGAGAACAAGAGCUUUCAAAAAAACAUUCGAAAUGGAAACUCUGAAGCAAACUCUAAAGAAUAUAAUAGCUUCACCAGGUGAAUGUACUCAUGACGGUUAUGAGUAUACAAGGUUAGAAUCUAUUUGGGAUGAAAUGGAAGGUGACCUUCUUUUAAUGGGAGGCUACAGAGGCAGCAUACUAAGAGACGCCCAAACAGGCAGACGGUUAUGGAUACCAAUGAAAGCAGGGCUUAAUUUGAGAAAAGUCAAUCUUCUAAUAGGUCCAGACGACCGGGAUGAAGUUGAAACACAAAAAAAAAUAAUUCCAGAUAAAAUGCUAAGCCAUAUUGGGCCAGUAGAUAUAUCGAGAAGACUGAUGAAAAAACUCAGAAGCAACCCAAAUAUUACAACUCAUGAUUUCGGUUACGAUUGGAGGUUAUCAUUACAUAUAUCCGCUAAACACCUAGCUCAAAAAUUACAAAGUAUAUAUGACAACCAAGAAGAGAAAAAAGGAACAACUAUAAUCGCACAUUCCAUGGGUGGACUUGUUGCCCACAAAGUUCUACAAGAACAUACUCACUUAAUAAGAGCAUUGAUCUAUGUAGGAUCGCCCAGCGAAUGCUCUAAUAUCCUGGGACCAUUAAAAUUCGGGGAUGAAGUUUUCAUGAACAAAACAAUUCUUAGUAAAGAGGCAAAUUUCUUUAUGAGAAGCAGCUUUUAUUUUUUACCAACUGACGGUACUUGCUUCGUGAAUAAGAAAACCCUAGAAAAAUGUGAAAUUGAUUUUUUUAAUCCAGAUGUUUGGGUAGAAUUGGGUCUUUCACCAGUAGUUGACGAGGAACGUAAAGUUCAAGCAGAAACACAAGAAGACAACCAACGCGCCUGUCACUCCAAGAAAGAAGAAGAAUUGGCCCGGACAGAAAGUAAGAAAAAACAACCAGAACCUGGCAUACCAACAGAUGUUAAAGAUCUAUGGGGAAUCUUCAAUCCCAUUCCAAUGCUCAAAUCUAUUUCUUCACCGGGCAAUGAUUCAUCGAGUGGGACCGGUGGAACUUCAAGUACACUAAAAUCACUCACCCCUGCAUCUAUAAUUACGAAAAUUACAACGACAGCGACAGAUGCGAUUGGUCUCACAGAGUCCAAAGACUGCCAAGAAGAAGAAGAGGAAAUGGCUUUUCAAACAUCUUUCGAGGACUCAUUCAAAUACCUUCGAAAAACACUUAAAAGAGCAAAAGAAUACCAAACUAGUUUAGAUCGUAUUGCGCACAAAGAAUAUCCACCCUUAGCAAUAGUAUUUGGCAACACUGUUCCUACCGUGCGCGGAGUCAAGAUUAGUAGUUGGAAAGACAUUAAAGAGGGCCAUUAUGACGAUUUCUACUACGGUCCUGGUGAUGGUGUCGUUCACCACAAAUGGUUACUGCCAGAACAACGUGGAUUCCAAGUAGAUGCGAAAAUUGCGUCAAGUUGCGGUCAUGUCAGCUUAUUGUCCGAUUUAGAAUCUAUGGCUAAAGCAUUCAUUUCAGUUGUUGACAAGGAAAAAGCUAACCAACAGAAACACCAACGACAGGCACCAACAACGGACACCACCACCUGUAAAUAG